CUUUGAUAAACAAUAAACAUUACCCAUUAACCAUCAUUAUAAUUUUAAUAAUUGACGUGAAGUUAUGUUUUUAGAAUUUAAAAUGUGUAAGACUUCAAAGUUUAAAGACUACAACACGUAGUUAAUUUGCCAUUAACAUGUCGUCUAAUAUUUUUUGGAUUGCGGUUGUUGAUUUACCUCCCCAGUCCAAGCCCCGUGCACUAUCGAUUUAUUCAUUAUGAGUUUUUUAUUCAUUAUUCAUAUGAGUUAUAAAUAAUUUUGUAUUUCAUACGUUCUCAGCUUUCAUUUGAUAUGCCCGCUUGAAAACCCCACAAGAGGCAAUCAUAGAUACCACAGAGAUUGCCGUGUCCCCCCGUAGCUUACACAGCGAAUUGAUGUGCCCAAUCUGUUUAGACAUGCUCAAGAAGACCAUGACCACUAAAGAAUGUCUUCACAGAUUUUGUUCAGAUUGCAUUGUUACUGCUCUUCGUUCUGGUAAUAAAGAGUGUCCUACUUGUCGAAAGAAAUUAGUAUCUAAACGUUCAUUGCGCCCUGACCCAAAUUUUGAUCUACUAAUAUCCAAAAUCUAUCCCAGCCGUGAUGAAUAUGAAGCCCAUCAAACCAGAGUGUUAGAAAAAUUGAACAAAAGCCAUAGCCAAGCAAAUUUGGUACAGUCCAUAAAUGAAGGCAUAAAAAUUCAAACACAAAAUCGUUUGCAGCGUACAAAAAAGAAUCAAGAUGAGCUUAACGAAAGUAGUUCUUCGUCUACACUAAAAACCUCUUCCAACAAUCUUGGGCUUGGCAAAGAUUAUGUUACUAGAACAGUAGUUCAAGCAAAGGUAGCCAAAAAACUCAAAUCUGUAAUGAUUUCUGAAAAUGAUGGUCCAGCAUCUUUGUCAGUUGACAGAUCAGAUAUUACUGAGUGUGAAGGCUCCUCUAGAGGAGUAUCAGUAGAUGAAAUUGAACUUGUUUUUAAGCCUCACCCAACUGAAAUGGGGAGCGAUAAUCAAUUAAUAAGAGUGUUGAAAGAAAAUUCUGUGCGAUAUAUUAAAACUACUGCAAAUGCUACUGUUGAUCAUUUAAGUAAAUACUUAGCGAUGCGACUUACAUUAGAUCUUGUUCCGGAGCUUCCAGAACGAGCUCUAAGCUUUUUAAUCUAUGUAUCAUCAACAUCUGAUCAAUAUGUUCCACUAAACGGAAAUCAGACUUUGCGACAGGUCCACGACAAACAUUGGAAAGUGAAUAAACCUCUAGAAAUGUUUUACUCGUUUAACUAAGUUUGCUAGUCUAAUUUGUAAAUUAUAACUUUUUUACUCUUCUUUGCCUUUCAAAUAGUUUUAAGAAGUUUAAAUAAGAAUAAUAUAUAAGUAUAAAGAUAAGUUAAUUUAGUAUUAAUGCCUAUAACUUAAAUAUAUAAUUUAUUUGCUUUAGCUCUAGUGUCUUAACUCAAGCUCCCUAGUCAUUUGUUGUAUGUUCCAUGUGAACCACAUGAUUAUUCUCCUGUCUUAAUUACUCAAUUUAACACUAUUGGCUGAGCGUAAAUGUUUAGCAGCUAUAAAUCUCAAUAAAGGUCUCUUGAAUAAUAAAGUAGAUUCGUCCAUCCCUAUCUCUUUGCUUUUUAUUUUAAUGUUCCUUAGUGUACUUUGAGGAGAACAGUUCCCUGCAUACCACUAACUACACGUGUAUUGAGCCUAUUAGGCGGUUAAUAUCUCUCACUCAAUGAUGAUCCCUUCUUUCUUAUGUCUGAUCAUGAAAUUUAACAACCAUAUUGUGUAUAUACUUUUACUAAUUGUUUUCUAUAUUUCACUUUAUUAUAUCUUAUAAGAUACAAUUAUUUUCUAUUGUAUUGUCAUCUUGUAAACAAGGGCUUCGUCCUUGUAUUAAAUAAAUAAAAAAUCAACCACACUAUGUAAUUUUUGAACUUAUACAAUUAUAUAUCAGUUCUACAAU